AUGAAUUUGUUGGCUUCUUUGUCUUGUAAGGACGAGGUUCACCUUGUUGUGGGAGGAAACUGCAACAUUGCAGCACUCCGAGUCACUUCAAUUUUAGCUUGCGGAGCUCAUCCUGUGCUUAUCCAAGAUACAGCUGUUGAAAAUUUCCCAGUCAGUCUUCAGGAAAGCAUUGACACGGGAAAAGUCAAGUGGAUCUCGCAGAAUUUCACUUCGGAACAUCUUACAACCCUCGGAAGAUCUGAGGUGGACAAUAUCGUGGAUAAGGUAUUUGUCACCUUGCAGAGAAAAGAAGAGCAUGUCAAACGUGAAAUAUCGAAAGAAUGCAGGCGUCUCCGAAUCCCUGUCAACGUAUCAGACUCUCCUGACUUGUGUACAUUUACCCUUCUUUCCACGUACUCAAGUGGAGACUUCCAGAUGGGUGUUACCACCUCUGGAAAAGGAUGUAAAUUGGCAUCUAGGAUCAAGAGAGAAUUGGUAAGCACAUUGCCCAACAACAUCGACGAGAUCUGUAACAGAGUCGGAGAACUCAGGCAUGAGAUUCAGCAGCACGAUAUGGAAGUCGGUGCACACGACGACGAUGCCGUCACCACGCUGAAGCUCAACUCUCUCGUAGAGGAAUUCAGCAUGACUCAGGAGCAGAAAGCCUCUCAAAGAGCACGGUUCUUGUCGCAGAUUGUUGAGUACUACCCAUUGAAGAAGUUGGCGGAAAUUUCUGUGGACGACCUUGCAGCUGAGUACAAGGAGAAAAAGAUAGAGGACAUCAAGGAAACCAACGGAGACAACGUAUUCAAGCCCUCCAAAAAGGGUUCUAUCUCGUUAGUGGGUUCAGGCCCCGGUUCGGUGGCCAUGUUAACACUUGGAGCCCUUCAGGAGAUCCAUUCGGCUGAUUUGAUUUUGGCAGACAAACUCGUUCCUCAGCAGGUGUUGGAUCUAAUUCCCACCAAGAGAACAAAGCUUUUCAUUGCCAGAAAGUUCCCAGGAAACGCAGAGCGGGCUCAGCAGGAGCUUCUCGAGCUCGGAUUGGCCAGUUUGGAGAAGGGAGAGAAGGUUGUACGUCUCAAGCAGGGCGACCCAUACAUUUUCGGACGUGGUGGAGAAGAGUUUUUAUUUUUCUCCAAGCAUGGCUUCACUCCCUCUGUCUUGCCAGGAAUCACUUCGGCAUUGGCAGCUCCUGUCUACUCGAACAUUCCUGCUACUCACAGAGACGUUGCAGACCAGGUGCUCAUCUGUACUGGAACUGGACGUCGUGGUGCACUUCCGAACCUUCCAGAGUUUGUUGCUUCGCGGACUACUGUAUUUUUGAUGGCACUUCAUCGCAUUGUGGAGUUGAUACCUCAUUUAAUCGAGGAAAAAAAUUGGGCUCAUGACUUGCCAGUGGCGAUUGUUGAAAGAGCUUCGUGUCCCGAUCAGAGAGUGAUACGAACCACUUUGGCUAAGGCUGCUGCGGCGGUUGAAGCAUUGGGUUCCAGACCCCCAGGUCUCUUCAUUGCAGGAUACGCAUGUAGGGUAUUGACAGGAGAGAUGGAGGGAGAUUGGGUUGUUGAGGAGGGCCACCAGGGCGAUGAGAUAGGAGGCAUUUUGCAAAAACUUGCAAAUGGAGCAUAA